AUGGCUUCUUCAGUUCUCUCCGCAGCUUCGCACUCUUUCUCUCCCUCCUCUUCUCUCUGCUCGCGCCAAACCCACAAGGGGAAGCCCAAGAUUGGAGGCAACACUUUGAGAUUUAACAAAGGACUCAAUUCCUUUCCACAUGCAAGGUCUAGUGGUCGGAUCUCUAUGGCUGUUGCGGUUAAUGUUUCUCGGUUUGAGGGCAUACCUAUGGCUCCUCCUGAUCCAAUUCUUGGAGUUUCUGAGGCAUUCAAAGCGGACACAAGUGAUGUUAAGCUCAAUCUUGGCGUAGGGGCGUACAGAACUGAAGAAUUACAGCCAUACGUUCUUAAUGUUGUUAAGAAGGCAGAGAAUCUUAUGCUGGAGAGGGGGGAUAACAAAGAGUAUCUCCCUAUUGAGGGUUUGGCUGCAUUUAAUAAGGCAACUGCAGAGUUGUUACUUGGAGCAGGCAACCCAGCAAUCAAACAGCAAAGAGUUGCCACUGUCCAAGGUCUUUCCGGAACUGGUUCUCUGCGGCUAGGUGCAGCUCUGAUAGAAAGAUAUUUUGCUGGGGCAAAAGUUUUGAUUUCAGCUCCUACCUGGGGUAAUCACAAGAAUAUUUUCAAUGAUGCUAGAGUCCCAUGGUCUGAGUACCGAUAUUAUGAUCCCAAGACAGUUGGCUUGGAUUUUGAGGGCAUGAUUGAAGAUAUAAAGUCAGCUCCUGAAGGAUCUUUUGUGGUACUGCAUGGAUGUGCUCAUAACCCUACUGGUAUUGAUCCAACACCUGAACAGUGGGAAAAAAUAGCUGAUGUAAUUCAAGAAAAAAACCACAUUCCCUUUUUUGAUGUUGCUUACCAGGGCUUUGCUAGUGGAAGCCUGGAUGAAGAUGCAGCUUCUGUGAGACUGUUUGUUGCACGUGGUAUGGAGGUUCUUGUGGCUCAGUCAUACAGUAAAAAUCUUGGUCUCUAUGCUGAAAGGAUUGGAGCAAUCAAUGUGAUUUCCUCAUCCCCAGAAUCAGCAGCAAGGGUAAAGAGCCAGUUGAAAAGGCUUGCCCGACCAAUGUAUUCUAAUCCACCUGUACACGGGGCUAGAAUUGUUGCCGAUGUUGUUGGAAACCCAGUUCUCUUUAAUGAAUGGAAAGCAGAGAUGGAAAUGAUGGCUGGAAGGAUCAAGAAUGUUAGACAGCAGCUAUACAAUAGUAUUACUUCAAAAGACAAUAGUGGAAAAGAUUGGUCAUUCAUACUUAAGCAGAUAGGCAUGUUCUCAUUCACUGGCUUGAACAAGGACCAGAGUGACAACAUGACAAAUAAGUGGCAUGUAUACAUGACAAAGGAUGGAAGGAUUUCCCUGGCAGGAUUGUCGUUGGCUAAAUGUGAAUACCUUGCAGAUGCCAUUAUAGACUCAUAUCAUAAUGUCAGCUGA